CUGUUGUGGUAUCCCUGUUACAUGUCAACUCUCACAUAACCUUGCUUUCGACUUAUCACCCCUCAGAACAAUAACCAUGCAUCGAUCACUUUCAAUCAAAUCCGGCAGGGGUUCCGGCUCCAGCGCCGACAAGGGUCCAUCCAAGCAUCGCUUCACCAUGGCGAGCCUUCGUGGCAUACAGCAGCCGGACCUGAGCAAGAAGCUUUUUAAGCUCAUCAAGACUGAGAACCAUGCUAUUGGUGCUGUCGAGACCGCUGGACGCGAGCGAGCCACUAUUGCUGCCCAGCUCUCCGAGUGGGGUGAGGCCACCAACGACGAUGCUGUUUCGGAGAUCUCAGACAAAUUGGGUGUGCUCAUGGCCGAGAUUGCGGAGCAAGAGGAUAUCUACGCACAGAACCUUGAGGAUUCACGAGGUGUCUUGAAGCAGAUUAGAAACACCGAGAGCUCUGUACAGCCAAGCAGAGACCACAAGGCCAAGAUCUCCGAUGAGAUUCAGAAGUUAAAGUAUAAGGAGCCACAGAGCACUAAGAUUGUGCAGUUGGAGCAGGAACUCGUCCGCGCUGAAGCGCAAAGCCUUGUCGCAGAGGCCCAGCUUACAAAUAUCACACGACAAAAGCUCAAGGAGGCAUACGACCUUCACUUUGCAGCGACUAUUGAGCGCGCUGAGAAGCAGUUGAUCUUGGCCAAGCAGGCUCGCCGCUUGAUAAACGUUCUGGACGACACACCCAUUGUUCCUGGUGACGUGCACCCAACAUUUGACGGCAAUGAUGCAGUGCGCCAGAUCCUCAAUGAUGCCGAAGAUGAGCUCCGAAGCUGGCAGCCAACCGCUGAACCUAUUCAUAGCCAAUCCGGCGUACUCAACUCUGGUAUGCCCGGUACCACCACUACCCAAGGGCAAGGUCUGGAAAUCCAGCAGUCGCCACAACAGUACCAGAUUGCAGGUGCCGAAGAAAGUAACGUUGCGCACACCGUGUCUGACCCUGCAGCCUCUGAAGUUGGUACAUCAGAAGUUGCACCUCAUGCUGUAUCAGAUGAGCAAAGCAACGCUUCUGCUGCGAUUGCAGCAGCCUGA